GUAGUUUACUACGUGAAACAACAACAUAAAUAAUGGUCAACAGCAGCAGCAGCAGCAAAUAGCGCUUUCAAAUGUUCAAUGUAUUCGUUAAUUAUUUGACUAAGUGAAAAUAUAAGUAAAUAUUUUUAUCUACGCAAUCAUAGAAAUAUGUUUAUUUUGUAUAUGAUACAAUAUUAUACUAUUUUAUAAAUAUUUCAUAGUAGAUUUUUAUAAUGUCGUGUAAGCAGUUUUAACAAUUUUAUAUUUAAAAUACAAAUGUAAUGGGUCGAAGUCAUACCCCGUCGCCUGGAAGACGACGUGAUCGUUCCAGGGAACGUGACCGCGACAGAGAUCGUCGAAGACGACGAUCUCGCGAAAGACGUCGGAGAUCUGCAGAACGUGACAGAGUAAAAUCAAGAGAUAGAGAUAGAGAACGAGAUCGUGAUCGAGACAGACAUAAACGAUCAUACAGUAGAUCUAGAUCUAGAGAACGAGACAGACCUAAGCCCAGAGCCAAAUUAUCUACGGCAGAACGUCCUGUUAUCACAGAGGCUGAUCUUCAAGGAAAAACACCGGAAGAACAAGAGAUGAUGAGAAUGAUGGGUUUUUGUGGUUUCGAUACCACCAAAGGUAAGAAGGUAGAAGGAAAUGAUGUAGGCGCAGUACAUGUUAUUCUAAAAAGAAAGUACAGACAGUACAUGAAUAGAAAAGGAGGUUUCAAUAGACCACUUGAUUUCGUGGCAUGAAUAUCUCAGCUUUUUAAUUUUCCAAUUGCUAAUAUUUUUUUAAUUCAGUUCUUUAUAAUUAAAAACAUAUAAUCCUCGUAUAUCCUCUUCCUUUUCUUUAAAGUUUUCACAACAUGAAUAAUUUAUUUCAUUGAGAACAUACAAUGCAUGAAUUAAUAAUGCGGCAAAAAAGUUCAUAGACAGUUUAAGUACAUUCUUGCUCUCAAUUAUAUUUUAUAUAAUUAAAAAAAAAUAAUAUACAUUUUCAUAUCAAUUAUAAAAA